AACCCAUUGGCCGGUGGGGCGCGCGCGGCGCUGGUCCGUUGGGAGGAAAGCCGCUGCGGCCUGACGCAGUGCUCUGAUGGCCACCUGAUUCAGGGGAGCCAAUCCGGAAGAGCGACCUGCGCAAAGGCUCCUGGGGCGUGUAGUCUUGUCCUCUUGGCUCUGUCCUGAGAGGGAUGUUAAGGGACUGAGAGGAGCCCUCUCGCUCCUCCUUGCGGGGGGGUGGCGGCGUGCGAAUUAGGACAACUAAAGGGCUGGGGGCUGCCUCCCCCUUCCCUCUCUUUCCCAUAAGCCCCGCCCACCGCGAACCUAUUGGAUGGUCUAGUUGUGGCAUCAGUGGGGGGGGGGCUUCUGUUGCUAUGGCAACUGCCUCCAUUCCCCUGUGAUGAGUAGCUGCCCCACAGGUGGUGCACCCUUUGGGGGGUUGCCAAGACUAACCUGAUCAUGCCCAUAAUGCACUCUGCUCCCCUCCCAGCACUUAAUUUAGUUUUACAAACAGCUGGUGCAUUUUAUCUUUAUCUUUUUUAUUUUUUAUUUUGGUAAUCGCAAGAAAAGAAAUGUAUGUUCUUUGGGUGUCUUUCCCCCCACUGCCCUUAAGCCUUUGGGUGAAGUUACUCUUGUGAUGCCAGAAUACUUUUAUUUGUGUUUGUUUUCUUUAAAUGGUUAUGUCCCACAUAUGUCUGCCCACCAAAGAGAGCCCUUGCGAAGGCCCGGAACCAUCCUAGAGUAACAAUCAAUAAAAUAGCUCUUGUGUUUAAUUGCUUGUUUGCGCUAUGUUAUAUUACUAUCUUGAGAGGCUGGCUUGGUUAACCCAUUAGGUUCCUUCCAAAUCUACAAUUCUCUCAUUGAUGCAGCAGGUUGCUUGCAUUCUAAGGACCACCCAGGAUGGCCCGUACCAAGCAGACUGCCCGUAAAUCCACUGGUGGGAAAGCGCCUCGAAAGCAGCUUGCCACUAAAGCUGCCAGGAAAAGUGCACCAUCCACUGGCGGAGUGAAGAAACCUCACCGCUACAGGCCCGGCACCGUGGCACUGCGAGAGAUUCGGCGGUACCAGAAAUCCACAGAAUUGCUGAUCCGCAAGUUGCCAUUCCAGCGCCUGGUCCGUGAAAUUGCUCAGGACUUCAAGACGGACCUGCGAUUCCAGAGUGCUGCCAUCGGAGCUCUGCAGGAAGCCAGCGAGGCGUAUCUCGUGGGUCUGUUUGAAGACACCAACCUGUGUGCCAUCCAUGCCAAGCGGGUCACCAUCAUGCCAAAAGACAUACAGCUGGCCCGCCGCAUCCGUGGCGAACGGGCUUAAGUUCUGCCCCCACCCCCAACACUUAUCUCCUUCCCAGAUAGCCCCACCCUGCUUGUGCAGUGUACUAGAAUACACUCCAGGUUUUAUUUUUUUCUCCUACUCCUGUUUGUAGUGGCUAGGACGUGUGAGGAAAUGUUAGAUUAUCUAUCGUAGUACCUCUCCGAGAUCAGGAGACCCGAUUCCUAUUCAUCAUGUACGAGCAAAAAAAAAAACCCCUUUGAAAUCUGCAAGACUUCUGGAUGUUGUUUUUUGUAAAACUUUUUUUUUUCAGAAUUGCAAAAAAAAACAAAAACACACCCAACAGGGGACACUUUUGAAAUAUCUGGUUUUGUACACACAACAUAAGUAGAUAUAGGCAUUUCAAUGAUAAAAGCUUUUGGUCUUCAGUUUGUAAUAUAUCUGCAAAGAACACUAUAUACUUUUUUUCUUAUGUUAGUGGAGUCUUUUCUUUGUAUUCAGGCAAGGAAUGCUUUCUAAAUCCUUUUUUCUCUCUUUUCCAUUUGUCUUGUGUCUGUGAUUCUGAUCUUUGUAACAAUAGGGACUCACCUUGAGGCAGUAAGAAAAAAGAAUAAAUGUUGGAUGACAACA